AUGGCGAAGUCUCAAUUGCGUUCAUUGACUGUCCAAGACGCUUCGACGAGACUGGCGGAUGCUGUCAUCACCAUCCAGCGUCGAGGUGAAUUGAAGCAGUCAGAAUCUAAGCGUAUCAAAGAAUUCGUUGCUGCCGUUAUUGAGGCACAACCGGGCGAUGUCUACGAACAAUUCUUACGCAAGGUAUCUGCUGAAGCAGGUCUUCAAAUGGCGCUGCUUUGUUCGGUAGCCCUAGGCCGUACAGCCAUAAAAGGCAUGAGAGAGAGAGUCCGGGUUGAUCUACCAUUCGACAUUAAGAAUCACAGGUCGACAUGGGAGAAUCCUACGCUCGAAAAUCUUGUCAACAAGGCUAAAGUGAUGGUCUGUGAGGAGCAGGAUGACGCUGGAAGUAGCACUCGGGAGAUGCCUGCUCAGGCUGCUUCUACACGAGCUGAGGUUCAUGGUAGCCACCCAGCGGUAGCGAGUUCCGUCGGUCCGGCCUUAGACUCAGAAAUGCUGACCGGCUACGCGUGUAGCCUCAGUGCGGAAGAUACCCAGACUAUUUUACAGUCGCAAUAUGUUGUCGGGCCUAUGUGGUUGACAUAUCCGUACAACAGCAGCGCAACACCUUUUGUUACCAUCUCUAUUCCACGGGAAUUGGCAAGAUCGUAUGUUGAAGCACGACCUCAGCUUGGAAUGGAGCGCUGGAGGAUGUACCCCAGUCUGAUUGUUCCGACUGUGUCAUAG